UAUCAAAUUAAACAUAAAUCAUGGGGUUAUCAUCUCUAUGCUUAAUAAUUGUGUCCAUCUAUAUCCUUUCAACAAUUGUGUUGUUCCAUCUUGUGGUGGCCAACUCUUUGCAGUCAUAUAAUACUCCUACUUGCCAUGAUAACGAGAUCUAUGCCUUGCUGCAAUUCAAGCAAAGUUUUGUCAUUGACAUGUCUGCUUCGGAUUAUGAGGGUGCUUAUCCAAAGAUUUCUUCAUGGAAAUCAAACAGCAGUUGCUGCUCAUGGGAUGGCGUAGAGUGUGAUGAGAAGACGGGUCACGUGAUUGGGCUUGAUCUUAGUAGCAGUUGUCUCUAUGGCUCUUUCAGCUCCAACAACACCUUAUUCAGUCUUGUUCAUCUUCAGCGUCUAAACCUCGCUUAUAAUGACUUCAUAGGAUCUGAAGUUCCCACUAGCAUCAGGAACUUUCCAAGGCUUAGGUAUCUCAACCUCUCUUACUCUGCCUUUUCUGGUCAUGUCCCAUCCGAAGUUCGACAACUGUCUAAGUUGUCUUCCCUUGAUCUAUCUCGCAAUUAUGCUAUGUUUUCCAAUGAAGAAUUGUUAAGAAGCCUAGCUCAAAAUUUAACUGGCCUACAAACACUUGAUCUUUCUUCCAUUAAUAUAUCAUCCACAGUACCCGACACCCUGACAAAUUUGUCUCUUUUGACAUCCCUCAUCCUUGAUGACUGCGGGCUGUCUGGCAAAUUACCAAAAAGAAUCUUUAAAUUACAGAAUUUGAAGGUUCUUAGUGUGAGCUACAACCCUGCUUUCACGGGGUAUUUUCCUGAUGACUAUAGUGGAAGUAGUCCUGAUCUCAUGUCACUCAAACUCUCGUCCACUAAUUUUUUCAUAAACCUCCCUUCUUUGAUAGAAAGGUUUCCUUCACUGAAAGAGUUGGGUGUGAGAUCAUGCAAUAUUUCAGAAGGUCCAGUACCAUUGUCACUUGGUAAUCUUAGGGAUCUCAUCUAUUUGGACCUUUCAUAUAAUAAGUUUAAUGGUCAAGUACCAUUGUCACUUGGUAAUCUUAGGGAUCUCAUCUAUUUGGACCUUUCAUUUAAUAAGUUUAAUGGUCAAAUCCCUACAGCUACGUUGGUAAACCUUACCCAACUUACAUAUCUAUCACUUUCUAAUAAUUAUUUUCAUGGUUCAGUCCCCCAGUCCUUGUUCAAUCUCAUGAAUCUUCAGAACCUUUAUCUAGGAUAUAAUAAUUUGAGUGGUACAGUAGAGUUCCAGAAGUUUCUUAACCUACAGAAACUCACCGAGCUAGAUCUAUCUAAUAAUAAUCUGGAAUUGCUCGCAGAAUCUAGAUUUUUGAAUAAUGCAACUACUGUACUUCCAAAGUUUGAGUCUCUAGGAUUGGGUGGGUGCAACAUCAGAGAGUUCCCAGAUUUCCUAAGAUCUCAAGAAGCAUUGCUUCAAUUAGAUCUCUCUGGAAACAAAUUGCAAGGCCAAGUACCAAAAUGGAUGAGGAACAUAAGCACCCAAGCUCUGCAAUACAUUAACAUUUCUCAUAACUUCCUGUCAGGCUUUGAGAAAACUGCAGCUGCCCUUCCAUGGCCGAACCUUGAAUUCUUAGACCUGUCAUUCAACAUGUUUCGUGAAUUAUUAUUGUUACCUUUAACAUCCUUCCGGUACUAUAACAUUGCAAACAACAACUUGACCGGACAAGUUUCACCAAUGAUUUGCAAUAUGACUUCUCUUGAAUACCUUGAUUUGUCAAACAACAAGUUGAUUGGCGACCUACCUCAGUGUGGGAGAAAUUUCAGUGUUUAUCUGGAAUAUCUCAAACUUGGAAACAACUCAUUUCAUGGAAAUCUUCCUCAAUCAUACUUCAAUGGAAGCAAUUUAAGGAUGAUGGAUAUCAGUCACAACAGUUUCCAGGGGCAACUGCCGAGGUCACUAGCGAAUUGUGCAAGUCUUGAAAGUUUAGUCCUUUCACACAAUAAUUUUGGUGAUACCUUCCCUGUUUGGUUGGGGGCUCUCCCUGAGUUGAAAAUUUUGAAAAUGGACCACAAUGUGUUCUAUGGAGUGAUUCUGAAACAUGAUAAGAAGAAUCUUCAAUUCCCGAUGCUGCGUAUUCUUGAUUUGUCUUACAAUGAUUUCUCAGGUCAGUUUCCAUUUGAAUACAUUUUUUCUGGAAAUGGAACAAUAAGUGUCACUCAUGAUCUGGAGUAUUACCACUUUUAUUCAAUGUCUAGUGGGUAUUACUCAAUCACGAUAAUCUGUAAAGGUGUGGAGAGAUACUACUCAAGAGUUCGAGAGGACUUGAUACUCAUUGACAUCUCAAGCAACAAUUUUGAAGGGAAUAUUCCUGAAUACAUUGGGAAACUUCAGGGGAUUUGGUCACUCAAUCUCUCCAAUAACAUUCUCACGGGUCGCAUCCCAUCAUCCUUGAGCAACUUAUCAAGGCUUGAAUCAUUGGACCUUUCACAUAACAAGCUCUCUAGUGAGAUUCCUCAGCAACUGGCACAACUUGAUUCUCUCUCAAAGUUCAAUGUCUCUCACAACAAUCUCACAGGCCCUGUACCACGGGGAAUCCACUUCACUACAUUUGACAGCACUUCAUAUUUGGGAAACCAAGGAUUGUGCGGAGAUUUCUUGCCCAAGAAAUGUGGAAAUUCUGUGGGCAGUCAAUUUCCACCUUCAACAUCAGAAGAUAAUGACUCGGGCUCUGGAAUUGAAUUGGAUUGGAAAUUUGUUGUGGCAGGGUCAGGGAGUGGCUUGUUGGUGGGAGUGGUUGUUGCAGACUUUGUGAUUACCAAGUGGAAUGUGUGGUUCAUUGAGAUUGUUGCAGUACUGAUCGUGUUUUCAAAAAGGAUAAGAAAUUGAGUGUUGGAUCAUGUUGCUCUUCGUUUUUAAGUUGUGUUUCCAAUUUCUUAUAUGUAUGCAUUCUUAGGAUUUGUAAUGUUGAGUAUCAGUAACUUUCAGGAGUUUUACUUGUACGGUUGUGCAAUCCCUCUUUAUUUGUGGUAGCAAACAUCACAAGAUCAAAAAGAGAUUGGAGCCAAUUACGGCGUCGUUUCAAGCCCCAAAAUCACAUUCAAGACAUUUAUUACCAUUCCGAAAUUGGUUUAGAAUCAUGAGUACAGAUUCGGAGAGUCGCUGAAUGUGUUUAGUUGUAAUAUAUUGAUCUAGAGACUGCACACCAGGUGCUCGACUAAAUGCCUGCUAUGGGAUUUGUGCCCAUUUUGGGUUCCAAGAGAGUGUCUGGUGACUACAUAUACCAUAUUGAUGGAUGGGUAUGUGAAGCAGGGGAAGCUUGCUGAGGCUAUUAAGGUUAUGGAUGAGCUGGAGGAUAAUGGGGUUGGCGCCAAUGAGGUUACUUAUGGGGUUAUGAUUGAAGCUUAUUGUAAGGAGAAGAAGUCGGGCGAAGCGGUUAAUUUGCUUAAUGAUGUGGUGGAGGAGAGGUACAUACCGAGCACAAAGCUCUGUUGUUAGGUGAUUGAUGUGUAGUGUUGCGAGGGGAAGGUGGAGGAUGCUUGUGAACUGUGGAAGAGGCUUUUGAAGAAGAAUUGCACGCCGGAUAAUGCCGUAUUGGGCACUCUCAUAUACUGGCUUUGUAAGAAGGGAGAAAGUGUGGGAAGCCAGGAAAUUGUUUGAUCAGUUUGAGACGAGUGAGCCUCCAGAUGUCAUGCCUUACAACGUGCUUAUUUCUGGGAUGUCUGAAGUGCGGGAGUUGUGUGAUGCUUGUCAAACGUGCUGAUGUCUGGGUUAAAGAGCUGGGUCUUAGUAACAUACAUUUCAUGUAUGCAAAUGCCACUACUUCAUUUAAUCAACCGGUGUCUGCCUACCCUGGACCACUGAUGCUUGUUUCAAUCCUGUGCCCAGAUCCGUAUUUUAAGAGAAAGCAUCACAAGAGACGGGUUGUACAGAAGCCUUUAAUAGAUUCCAUUGUGAAUAAUUUAGCUCCCCGCGGACAGGUUUUAUACAGUCCGAUGUACUUGACGUCGCACUUGAAAUGAGAAACCAAUUUGAUUCUCUGGCCCAUGUUCUGAAGCACAUAGAUGAAAUCGAAUCCAGCAUGUUGUGUGACAGUGAGGGAUGGUUGUUGAGCAAUCCAAUGGGCAAAAGGACGGAAAGAGAAAUUCAUGCUGAAUUUGAAGGGGCAAAAAUUUACAGGAGAGUAUACCAGAAGCAAGUACAGAAGGCUCUUGGAUGAAGUAAUGCGGAAUCAAGUGAAUGGUUUUUGAUAGAGAUUUUUGUAAUGUGAAAUGUGAUCAUCAUUUGUAGAGUUGUUCACAUCAAGUUUUAUGAGGAAGUAGCAUAUAAUCAGACUUUAGUGU